UCUGGAGGCGUCGCUCGCCGGCCGCGUCGUCAUGGAGCUGAGGACCGGGAGACUCGGGACCCGUGAAGUUGUACCUGCCCCAGGUGUGCACCCAGGAAGGUGACGAGAGGUGUCCCAGCCACACACAGUACUGUAGCACCUCCUGUCAGCUGUAAGGGACACCAUCUAAGUUCUCUGAAGAGAAGAGGUCGGCUUUGACUGCCAGCUACAGCGAUGCAUGUUCCCUAAACACCACGCAUGUGUGUUCCUGCGGCGACUUUCAGACGGCACAGGGUAGGAAGCACUCGCCCUCGUUGGCAGUUAGGGCAGGUUGGUGUUGAGAGCAUACCCGCGAAUGAGAUGACCUCAUGGGGAGUCCCCUGCCUCAUGAUUCGCAGUGCUGGCCGCACAACAAAUUGUUAUGAAAACAGACAACGGAGCACCUGAGUGGCUCAGGUCAUGAUCUCGCGGUUCGUGGGUUCGAGCCCUGCUUCGGGCUCUGUGCUGACCGCUCAGAGCCUGGAGCCUGCUUCAGAUACAGUGUCCCUCUCUCCCUCUGUACCUCCCCCUGCUCACUCUCUGUAUCUGUCUCAAAAAUAAAUACUAAAGAAAAGAAAACAGAUCAAGUAGUAAGUAAAGUGACUUGAAACAGACUUCUGAGCAAGUGCGAGGAUAUCCUUUCGGGCCAACAAAAAUGGAAAUUAAGUGAAUACUUAAAAAUAUGCCUAUAGGAAGGUGCUGGUACCUAACCGGAAACUGCUCCUUAUGGUUCUUAACUCUUAGGAAGAGUACGUGGUUAAUGCAAAUUUCAUCAACACUGCUCUGCUCAAAUAAAGAUUAUUUGUUGCCAAAAAUGCACCUUCCUAAAUUGGAGAUAGAAAAAAGAAAUUCCUACGCUAAUAAAGGAGGUUGUAAUUGGUAAUCCAAAAUAAUAGGUUUACAAAGCACUUAGGUUUGAGACAAGCUUUCUGGAUUUACAGCCCGAGCGCACUAAUCACGGCCAUGGCAAAGCUGGACAGACUGAGGAUUGCAGUGCCUUGACCCAGCGGCACACGCAUUUCCAAGCGAGGACAGGGCGUGGGGCUUGGAUUGCGUUUUGUUUUCAGCAGGGCCGGAUUAAACACCGGGGUUGUCUUGAGUUUACUCUGUUUUCAGACGUUACCAAUCUGUUGCGACUUCAUCACUAACCCUGAUUUUUCGCUGUGCAGAUGAGAAGCGCUGGCUUGGCCUGGCGCGAGCGUGCUGGAGCGGCCACACCUCUGCGGGACUCCCUUCUGCCGCGUUAACCCCCCCCACCCUCUGUUGCCAUAGGUGUUUCCAAACAGGACAUUCGCGAACAGAUCUGGGACUACAUGGAAUCACGAAACUUAGCGGAUUUUCCCCGGCCUGUUCAUCACAGGAUUCCCAACUUCAAGGGCUCUUAUCUGGCUUGCCAAAACAUCAGAGACCUAGAAGUUUUUGCCAGAACACGGGAAGUUAAAGUGGACCCCGACAAACCGCUGGAAGGCAUCCGGCUGCUGGCGCUGCAGAGCAAAAAAACAUUGUUGGUGCCAACACCACGGCUGAGAACGGGGUUAUUUAAUAAGAUCACGCCGCCGCCCGGCGCAACGAAGGACGUCUUGAGAAAAUGCGCCACCUCUCAGGGCGUGCGCAACUACAGCACCCCCGUGGGCUUGGAUUCCAGGGUCCUUGUGGACUUGGUGGUGGUGGGGUCCGUUGCCGUUUCUGAAAAAGGUUGGAGAAUUGGGAAGGGAGAAGGUUAUGCUGAUCUGGAAUAUGCCAUGAUGGUGUCGAUGGGAGCGGUCGGCCCGGAGACACCAGUGGUCACCAUCGUCCACGACUGUCAGGUCAUCGACAUACCUGAAGCGCUGCUCGAGGACCACGACCUCACCGUGGACUACAUUCUCACUCCGACGAGAGUCAUUGCCACAGGGUGUGAGCGCCCAAAGCCAACGGGAAUCUUAUGGUCCAAGAUCAGCUGGGAGGUGAUGGGGAAAAUCCCAGUACUCCAAAGCCUUCGUCACCGAGAGAAGCAGGCUGGGAAAGACGUCACCCUCCGGGACGAGCCCCGGCGCCUCCUGGGAGCCAGCAGCCAGCAGCCAGCUCACCUGACCGCCGUCCGGGGGCCCCGGGACCAACCCCUGCCAGAACCCUGCCCUGCGCAGGGGGAGGACGGGCCCACUGGCACCGUUUGUGUCGGGAACCUUCCCCGGGACGCCCGAGUGAGCGAGCUGAAGAGAGCCCUCCGAGAACUCGGAGCGGUCCCCCAGAGGCUCACUUGGCAGGGGCCCCGGGGCAGGGCCCUCCUGCAUUACCAGGCCCCGGCCUCCGCCCAGCAGGCCGUCUCCCGCUUGCAGGGCUUGCGCUUGGGGGCGGCCACCUUGACGGUGGCACUGGCCAGGCGGCAGAGGGCCAGCGACCUGCCGGGCGGCCGCGUGCAGGAGCCACAGCCUGACUGUCGCCCGGCCGCCGCCGACCUGUGAUGGGGCGCUGCUCCGGUCCCCGUGGAACUUGAGGGGCGUGGCAGCAGGACUCGGCAGAGCGUUGCUGUGUGAGCGGCUUUGGGCCCAGGCCUCUCCAGGAUGGCCCGGCUUUGUGUCACUGCCCAGGACCUCCUGACGAGUAGAGAGUCAGCCAGUAGCUCACGGCCGACAUGUCCCAGCCCUGCUGUGUCUGCGUCCCGUAACCUGCCUGGUGUUGCCACCACACUGGCUUCUCUGGUUAUUCAGAGGCCGCAGGGGACCGAGUCAGAGUAAACAGUGACAGCCAGGGGUUUU